AUGGCACCCAUCAAGAGCAUCGAGUACUUCCGCGUUCCCCCUCGCUGGCUCUUCGUCAAGAUCACCGACGAGGAUGGCAACUACGGCUGGGGUGAGGCUACUCUUGAGGGCCACACCCAGGCAGUUGAGGGAUGCCUUGAGUUCUACAAGAGCCAGUUCACCAGCAUGGAUGCCGAUGAGAUUGAGAGAAUUUGGCAGUCGGCCUGGAGCAAGCACUUCUACCGUGGAGGUGCUGUCUUCAUGAGCGCCCUCUCGGGCAUCGACAUUGCCCUUUGGGAUCUGAAGGGACGUAAGCUGGGCGUUCCCAUCUAUGAGCUUCUCGGUGGAAAGGUCCGCGAGAAGAUCAAGGUCUACGCCUGGAUUGGUGGAGACCGCCCUGCCGAUGUUGCUCUUCAGGCCAAGAAGCGCAUCGACGCUGGCUUCACCUGCGUCAAGAUGAAUGCGACCGCCGACCUCGGCUGGCUUGACUCUCCGUCUGCUCUGAAGACUGCCGUUGAGAGACUUGAGACGGUGAAGAAGAUGGGCCUCGACGUCGGUGUCGAUUACCACGGCCGUGUUCACAAGGCGAUGGCCGGUCAGCUUGCCAAGCUCAUGGAGCCUCACCAGCCGUACUUCAUCGAGGAGCCCCUCCUGUCGGAGAACAUUGGAGGCAUCACAGCUCUGUCUCAGAAGACGACCCUUCCCAUUGCCCUGGGCGAGCGCCUCUACCACCGCUGGGACGUUCGACCUUUCCUGGAGGCCCAGUGCAUCGACAUCCUCCAGCCCGACAUCUCUCACGUCGGCGGCAUCUCCGAGAUUCGUCGCAUUGCCGCCAUGUGCGAGGCGUACGACGUCUCCGUUGCUCCCCACUGCCCCUUGGGUCCCAUCUCUCUCGCUGCGAGUGUCCAGGUUGACACCGCCAUGCCCAACUUCUGCAUUCAGGAGAUGAGCCUCGGCAUCCACUACAACUCGAUGGUCGGCAACGAGGAUCUCACGAGCUACAUCAAGAACCCGGAGGUCUGGAGCCCCGUUGAUGGCUACAUCGACAUUCUCAAGGGCCCCGGCCUGGGUAUUGAGGUCGAUGAGGCCAAGGUCCGAGAGCUCUCGAAGAACUGCGAGAUCUGGGUCACCCCUGGCUUCGAGGGUCCCGGUGGUGAGAUUCGCGAGUGGUGA